GAGAAAUCAAAAAACUCCACGAACAAACUAGGCAGAGACAGAGAAACCAAAGCCUCAAGAAAUGGGAAAAAAAGACAAACAAUCAUCGAAAGCUUCAACAGAGGAACUCUUAACAACACUAGGAGACUUCACAAGCAAAGAAAACUGGGACAAAUUCUUCACUAUCAGAGGCACUGAUGACUCCUUCGAGUGGUACGCCGAGUGGACUGAGCUCCACCAUCCCCUCCUCUCUCUUCUCGCCGGAAAUGAUGAAAACCAUUCUUCUUCUUCUCCGCUGCUGAAAAUCCUGGUUCCGGGUUGCGGGAAUUCGAAGCUGUCAGAGAAUUUGUAUGAUGCAGGGUUUAAGGAGAUAACGAAUAUUGAUUUCUCGAAAGUUGUGAUUUCUGAUAUGUUGAGAAGGAAUGUGAGGGAUCGGCCUGGUAUGCGGUGGCGUGUCAUGGACAUGACUCAAAUGCAGUUGGCAGAUGAGAGCUUUGAUGUUGUUCUUGAUAAAGGGGGAUUGGAUGCUUUGAUGGAGCCAGAACUUGGCCCGAAGUUGGGAAACCAGUAUUUAUCAGAGGUGAAAAGAGUGUUGAAUGGGAAGUUUAUUUGCCUGACGCUUGCAGAAUCUCAUGUUCUAGCUUUGCUCUUCUCUAAGUUCCGGUUUGGGUGGAAAAUGAGUGUUCAGGCUAUACCACAGAAACCUUCUAGUAAGCCUGAUCUGCGUACAUUUAUGGUUGUUGCUGAGAAAGAGAAUUCUAGUGCUUUGCACUUCAUAACGGCAUUGUUUGAUCACUCUUCUCUUGAUUGUAUUGGAAAUCAGGCUAUUGGUCUACAUGAAGCCCUUGAAAAUGAGAAUCAAAUUCGUAAAGAAUAUUCCAUUGGUCCUGAUAUACUGUACUCUCUUGAAGAUCUGUUAAUUGGAGCUAAAGGUGACUUGUCAAAGCUUAGCCUAGGUCGUCGUUUUCAGCUUACUUUGGGAGGGAAUGGCGACUCCCGGUUUAGUUACAAAGCCAUAGUUCUUGAUGCCAAGGAAAGCUCUAGCCAAUUCACUUAUCAUUGUGGGGUUUUCAUUGUGCCAAAGACUCGAGCUCAUGAAUGGCUCUUCUCUUCAGAAGAAGGACAGUGGCUAGUUGUUGAAAGCUCAAAGGCAGCUCGUUUAAUAAUGAUUAUAAUGGACAGUAGCCACAAUAAUGCCAGCAUGGAUGAUAUUCAGAAGGAUUUAUCUCCUCUGGUUAAACAGUUGGCACCUGGAAAAGAUGAUAAUUCAGCACAAAUUCCUUUCAUGAUGGCAGGUGAUGGAAUCAAAGAACGAAAAACUGUGCAUAAGGUUACCUCUUCAUUAACUGGGUCAAUAAUUGUUGAAGACGUGGUUUAUGAAAAUGUUGCUGAUGAUGUCAGUCGUCCUUUUCCAUCUAGUGAUUUGAUAUUCCGCCGCCUUGUUUUCCAAAGAGCAGAGGGUCUUGUUCAGUCUGAAGCUCUUCUUACAAGGGAUGAAUCUUCUCAUAAAAUUGUUGAAGAGAAGAAGAAAACUAGUUCUUCCAAAUCGAAGAAAAAGGGAAGCCAGAAACGGAAUGAUGCAUCAAGCAAGAUACUGAAGGUAUAUCAUGAUUAUAUGGCCAGCUCUUAUCAUAUGGGAAUCGUUUCUGGCUUUACGUUGAUGUCUUCUUAUUUGGAAAGUGUGGAAUCGACUGGAAAAACAGUUAAUGCUGUUAUCAUCGGUCUUGGAGCUGGCAUACUUCCCAUGUUUCUCCAUGGAUGCAUGCCUUCUUUGCAGAUUGAGGUGGUGGAGUUGGAUGCUGUGGUACUUAGCCUUGCAAGGGAUUACUUUGGUUUUGCAGAAGAUGAACAUUUGAAGGUACAUAUAGCUGAUGGGAUAAGGUUUGUUAGAGAGGUAAAAAACUUCGCUGUGGCUGAUGGAUUGCCUGCCAUCCAUGGAAUUGAGGAUGCUUCUGGAAGUACAAAGCCUUCACCUGAUGAAAGUGGCAGUGUGUCUUACACAGAGGGCAGAGGAAGACCUAGAGUUGACAUACUUAUCAUUGACGUGGACUCUUCAGACUCGAGCUCAGGAAUGGCCUGUCCAGCUGCAGAUUUUGUGGAAGAGUCUUUUCUUUUGACUGUAAAAGAUACCCUUUCUGAGCAAGGUCUCUUCAUUGUCAAUUUGGUGUCAAGGUCCCCAGAUGUUAAAGACACAAUUAUUUCAAGGAUGAAAGCGGUCUUCAACCACCUGUUUAGCCUUCAGCUUGAGGAAGACAUCAACAUGGUUCUCUUUGGCCUUUGUUCGGAAGUUUGCUUGAAGGAGGAUUGCUUCCCCGAGGCUGCCUGUCAGCUUGACAAACUGUUGAAGUUCAAACACCAGGAAAUAGGCCAAAGCAUUAUAGAUUCAACAAAGAAGAUCAGACGUUUAAAAUGAGAUAUGAUCAAGAUGUGCUUCUUGUGAAGCCCUGCGAUAUGUUCAAAGGAUUGAUUUGUGUGCGGAUGGCAGUAACCAAACCAAAGCUCUUUAUAAGAGAGCAUAUGGCGCUCAGGUAUAUGAGAAAAUUUUAGGCAAUAAUUGUACUGUAUCUGAGUAGGAUCAUCCGAUUGUUCUUUGGAAAUCGGACUGUUUGAGAGGACUUGACUUUGUACCAAAAUCUAGGUUCGAUAUAUUUACACAAGGGACCGUUUACUAUGCA